AUGCAACGGAAUCCAACGCAAAAUUCUGCUGAGAGGAAGUACUUUCCCCGUCUCUACAGCCCAGCCACUAGCGCCAAGAGACCAUCGCUUGGGGCAGUCGCCCCGAGGAAGAAGGCCAGUCCUAAACCUGAAUUAACGGAGGAGUUACGGCAGGAGAUACGCGAAGCCUUCGAGCUCUUCGACACGGAUGGUUCUGGGCACAUUGAAGUGAAAGAGUUGAAGGUUGCAAUGAGAGCUUUGGGGUUUGAGCCCAAGAAGGAAGAAAUCAAGAGAAUGAUCACAGAGGUGGAUAAAGAUGGCACCGGAAAGAUCUCCUUCUCAGACUUCCUCACAGUCAUGACCCAGAAAAUGGCUGAGAAGGACUCCAAGGAGGAGAUACUUAAGGCCUUUAGAUUGUUUGACGAUGACGAGACCGGGAAGAUCUCGUUCCGUAACCUGAAGAGAGUGGCCAAAGAACUGGGAGAGAAUCUCACUGAUGAGGAGCUACAGGAGAUGAUUGACGAGGCAGACAGAGACGGGGAUGGAGAGGUCAAUCAGCAGGAGUUUUUGCGCAUCAUGAAGAAAACGUGUCUGUACUGAACACAGGGGUCAGGGCAUUCACCAAUCAGGACAGAGGAGAAACAGCUGUAUUCAAGUGAUUAACGCCGUGACAGUCCUUCAAACACCAGUUACAUAUGAAUCUUACUGAAAUUCAAAUGAUCAUUUCCAAACGCAGGUCACUUCAGUCAGCUAUUUACAAUUAUGGAAUUUAUCAUUACACGUUGACCCAGCGGAAAAUAAGUAAAAAUAUGUGGAAAAAACACAUUCCAGUGUGCACUAUAAAUAUAGAAUGGAUUGAUUAUUUAUAAAAGAGUGUGCCAAAAUCACUUUAUAUGAUUUCCCCAGACUGAAGUAAAAUGUCUUAUAUUUAUCCAGGGAUCAGAUGCACAUUGCCUCUGUAAGCAGUACAUUUCCCACAGUGCCUAAAGUUCCCAGUAAAACAUUU